UUUUUUACACUAUCAGUUGGCAUACAGUUCAGAAACUCUCCAGACGGGAGCGCAGACGGUUGCUCUGUAAUAAAAAAAAAAUUACGUAACAACGUUUGGUUUUUUUUUUAAAUAGUUUUGUUGUCGAAAAAGUGUAGUGAUGUCGUUGUUUUUUGUGUCGAAACUGUCGAUAGCCUGCAUAAUAAUAUGCGUGGCUUUCCUCAUCCGGGAAUCGAACGCGCGACCUCCCUGGAUGAAACCAGGCAGUGGGGUCUUCACGGAGUCAGCUGAGUGCCACUCUGAUGACGAACUCCUAGAUCUCUGCCAGAGGUGUGCCAAGCUCACCAAGUCCAAACAAGCGCUCUCUGCAUGUUGCUCAACGGACAUGGAAGCCAGGAAAUGGUGCUCCGAUUAUGUAUACUUUGGUAGAGGGCAAUUUGAUGUGUAUUAAUCGGUGACAUUUUGUCUUUGCUAUUCUUGCAAUGUGUAUAUGAAAUUGAAAAUUUUCUCAAAUACUUUUUGGCCUGUUAGAAGUUUUAAGAAUGGAAAAGAAAUUUCAUGAAAUUAUAACUUAUUUAUAAUAUAUUCAUGGAAAUAAGUUUACCACAGGGUCGACCUUGGUACAAAGGUCGCCUGCAUGAGUCAAUCUCAUCUGCGUCAGCCGCCAUACAGCAGUGCUAGCGUUGUUGUGUCCCGGUUUGAAGGGCGAGAGAGGCGUGUGACUACAGGGUGCUGCGGCACUAGAUCCUAGGACACGAAGCUCAACGCGCGUGUGACACCGCUGAUGUUGCAGGCGUUGAUAGGCUGCGGUGACCACUUACCAUCAGGUAGGCCGUAUGUAUUUCCUUGCUUUGUAGUAGGUAUUAAAAAAAAACUAUAAUAUUUUUCUUCUUUCACAUUAAUUUUUAGUUCGCACAAUCUUUGCGCUGAUUGAGUUUUAUUGAUUUACGUUUAUCAGUUUUAUCGAGUCUUGUUGGUUUUGCAUUUCGAGUAAUUUAAUAAAAACUAUAAGAACAAAUUAUUUGUCAUAAAAAAUUAUAUAAGUACUAGGUUUUUGAUUGUGCCAAUUAUAAAUAUUUUAAGAAUGCAUGCGCGUUGUAUUGCAAUGAUGUGAAAAACGAAAUCAUCAUUAUUUUAUGAGAUUGUAAUUAUGGAAAUUUUAUGUCAGAAAAUUGUAAAAAAUGCCUACGUGUCACUGCAAUUGUAAUAAGCUGUCAAACAUAGCAUCUUUUCGCUAUUACUCAAUCGUGACGUCACGUUAGAGUGUCAUUUAAUAUGGAGCGUUUGGAUGAGUCCAAAAAUGUGUGAUUUUAUUGUUGUCGUAUCUUUGAAAGCAUUGUCAUUAUCACAGUAUUUUUUUCACUGGAGUUUCUAAUGAUAUAAGGGCCUUCGAAUAGUUACUAAAAUAAAAAUCAUUCACUCAUUACAAGCAAAGAGUUUGUAUGUAUUGUAUGAUGAUAUUUAAACUAAGUACUAUUGAUGAUAAUCUUGUGAAAUAUUGUUAUGAAUUUGUACCUUAUUUUGUGAAUUGGAACGUGAGAAUGGCAAACUAUAAUGACAAUAGAUUUAUUUUAUUUUUAAUUUUAACUAGAUUUAUAAAAUCUAAACAAUAUGUAUCUUAGUAAUUAUUAUUAUGAGAAUGAAACUGAUGUAUUUUUUUACAUGUUAUGUGCGAAAUUAUCAAGUGCCAUUAAUAAAAAAUAAGUGAUAAAAUAUUUAUUUAGACAUUAAAACUAUAUAAUAUGUAAGCGAUUAUGUGAUAUUUAAGAUUAAUAAUCUAAUAUUAUAGAUUUUGAUGGUUGCGUGUUAGCGGGAGUAUUCUGUUAUAAGAAUUAUGCCACAAGGUUUUAUCAGCAAUGAUUAAAAAAAAUAUAUUUCACACGCAAUGAUUACAGUCUGUGGAAAUGAUAAUAAAUGUGGUGAUUUUAAUAAGUUAAUUAAUGGCUGUGAUAAUUUUUAAUUAUUAACAAAAUUGUAAAUUUAAUGUGCUAAAAUAAAUGAGAUUACGCUAAAA